GUCUCCUCCAGAAAACAAUCAAAAAAAAAACCAUGGCUGCAAAGGAGAAACUGGAGGCAGUGUUGAACGUGGCCUUGAGGGUGCCGAGCAUCAUGCUGCUGGAUGUCCUCUACAGAUGGGACGUCAGCUCCUUUUUCCAGCAGAUCCAAAGAAGUAGCCUCAGUAACAACCCUCUUUUCCAGUAUAAGUAUUUGGCUCUUAAUAUGCAUUAUGUAGGUUACAUCUUAAGUGUCGUGCUACUCACUUUGCCCAGGCAGCAUCUGGUUCAGCUUUAUUUAUAUUUUUUGACUGCCCUGCUCCUCUAUGCUGGACAUCAGAUAUCCAGGGACUAUGUUAGGAGUGAACUGGAGUCUGCCUAUGAAGGACCAAUGUAUUUAGAACCUCUCUCCCUGAAUCGCUUUACCACAGCCUUAAUAGGUCAGCUUGUGGUGUGUACCUUAUGCUCCUGUGUCAUGAAAACAAAGCAGAUCUGGCUCUUCCCGGCACACAUGCUUCCUCUGCUGGCACGCCUCUGCCUCGUCCCUCUGGAGACCAUCGUCAUCAUCAACAAAUUUGCUAUGAUUUUUACAGGAUUGGAAGUCCUGUAUUUUCUAGGGUCGAAUCUUUUAGUACCAUAUAACCUCGCCAAGUCUGCAUACAGAGAGUUAGUUCAGGUAGUGGAGGUGUACGGCCUCCUGGCCUUGGGAAUGUCACUGUGGAACCAGCUGGUUCUUCCUGUGCUUUUCAUGGUCUUCUGGCUUGUUUUAUUUGCUCUUCAGAUCUACUCCUACUUCAGCACCCGCGAUCAGCCCGCCUCCCGAGAGAGGCUUCUCUUCCUCUUCCUGACAAGCAUCCCUGAGUGCUGCAGCACUCCCUACUCCCUUCUGGGCUUGGUCUUCACUGUGUCCUUUGUCGCCUUGGGUGUUCUGACACUCUGCAAGUUCUACCUGCAGGGAUAUCGAGCCUUCAUGAACGAUCCUGCCAUGAAUAGGGGGAUGACAGAAGGAGUCACUCUGCUGAUCCUGGCAGUGCAAACCGGCCUCAUAGAGCUUCAGGUGGUUCACCGAGCAUUUCUGCUCAGCAUCAUCCUCUUCAUCGUUGUGGCCUCUAUCCUGCAGUCCAUGUUAGAGAUUGCGGAUCCCAUUGUUUUGGCACUGGGAGCAUCCAGAGACAAGAGUUUGUGGAAACACUUCCGUGCUGUGAGCCUCUGCUUGUUCCUCCUUGUGUUCCCCGCAUAUAUGGCCUACAUGAUUUGCCAGUUCUUCCACAUGGACUUUUGGCUUCUCAUCAUCAUCUCCAGUAGCAUCCUGACCUCUCUCCAGGUUCUGGGAACACUUUUUAUUUAUGUCUUAUUUAUGGUUGAGGAAUUCCGAAAAGAGCCCGUGGAAAACAUGGACGAUGUCAUCUACUAUGUGAAUGGCACUUACCGCCUGCUGGAGUUUCUUGUGGCCCUUUGUGUGGUGGCCUACGGCGUCUCAGAGACCAUCUUCGGAGAGUGGACCGUGAUGGGCUCCAUGAUCAUUUUCAUCCAUUCCUAUUACAACGUGUGGCUCCGUGCCCAGCUGGGCUGGAAGAGCUUCCUACUCCGCAGGGAUGCUGUGAAUAAGAUUAAGUCUCUCCCAGCCCCCAUGAAAGAGCAGCUGGAGAAGCACAAUGAUAUCUGUGCCAUCUGUUACCAGGACAUGAAAUCUGCUGUGAUCACGCCUUGCAGUCAUUUCUUCCAUGCAGGAUGUCUUAAGAAAUGGCUGUAUGUCCAGGAUACCUGCCCUCUGUGUCACUGCCACCUCAAAAACUCCUCCCAGCUUCCGGGACUGGGAACGGAACCGGCUCCACAGCCUCCUGCUGGGGCUGAGCAGAACAUUGUACUUCAGGAAGGUCCCGAACCCCCUGACCAUGAGCAUCCGCCAGGGACCGGAACACAGGAGGGUUCUCGGGACAGUAGUGAACACAUCCGCAGAAGCUCGGCUAGCCAGGAAGGGGCUGCUGACCCCAGAGAGGAUCUUCAGAGUGCAAAAGGUGAAACCUGUCCUGUUGAGUCUGCCUAGAGGAGAAGCAGGCUUGCAGCCCUGCUGCGGAGAAGGCCGCCCAAGGUCGAGAUCACGCUCAAAUCUGAGGAGUGAAUGUAGGAGAGGAUUAGGCAGGUCCCUGACAUUCCAAGGAUCUAUUCCAGGGGUACUCAGUGGACACCACCUGCUUUCCACCCCACUUCGUGUUGUAGGAGAAAUUUUGCAAUGUACACUAAUCAACAUGUAUUUAUAUGCUGAUGUUUUGUAGAGGUUUGCCAAGAAAAUUCAACCUCAGCAACUUCAGAAGUAGCCCCUGAUUUGUGAGGGGUAAUGAAAUCAGGUUUGAGUGUUUGAAAGGGGUCCAGAGAGAGGACAAAGAUCUGGAAGUCAUCAUGAAGGUGCAGGCAGAGGUGGAACUGGCUUUUCCUUUCCCAUGGGACAGGAUUACUCUGAUUAUAAAGUAUGGGUAAUGACCAGCCCUUUCCUCCGCUCCCCUUUCCCUCAGUCGAUUGGAACCACCAAGUGAUUCUGGCAUUUUCUACACCACCACAAUGAAAUCAAAGAUGUAGACACAUUGACUGUAUUCUAAGAUGCAGGCACACGUCCGUCACCAUGUGCUUCAGAGAAGGGAUGGGCGGGCACUGGGCCUAUGGGGGCAUUCACGUCACCUGAGACUCUUGAUCUUGAUGCUGGAGUCUUCGUAUUUUGAUGUAUAUGAAACUUUUGUUAAUAUAUCGUAUACUUUGUUGGCUGUGUGAAGUAAACUAAAACUCUCAUGAACACUUUGGAGUCCACUUUUAAAAAGGAGGCCAAAGUGGG